AUGCCGCCCAAAAAAGCUGCUGCAGCCAGCAAAAAGACUGAGGCGAAGAAGAAAGACAAAGUUAUAGAGGAUAAAACAUUUGGUCUCAAGAACAAGAAAGGUGCCAAACAACAGAAAUUCAUCCAGCAAGUGGAGAAACAAGUUAAAAGUGGCGGCAUACAUCCUGCUAAACCUAUGGAUGACAAGAAGAAGACUAAAGAAGAGAAAUUAAAAGAACAGAAGGAACUGGCCAUGUUGUUCAAACCAGUACAGACACAAAAAGUCGAAAAAGGUAUUGAUCCAAAGUCGGUUGUGUGUACAUUCUUUAAGCAGGGCCAGUGCACAAAAGGGGACAAGUGUAAAUUCUCACACGAUCUUACCAUUGAAAGAAAAGCCGAAAAGAGGUCCCUCUAUGUAGAUAUGAGAGAUGAUGAAGACACUAUGGACAAUUGGGACGAGGAUAAAUUAAAAGAAGUUGUUGAGAAGAAACACGGGGAAGGAAACAAACAGAGACCAGGCACCGACAUUAUUUGCAAGCACUUUUUGGAGGCUGUCGAGAAAUCUAAAUAUGGUUGGUUCUGGGAAUGUCCAUCGGGUACCAAAUGUAUUUAUAGACAUGCCUUGCCACCUGGAUUUGUUCUGAAACGCGAUAAAAAGAAGUUGGAAGACAAGAAAAAUGAGAUUUCACUUGUAGAUCUCAUUGAAAGGGAAAGAGCAGCGCUUGGACCUAAUCAGACAAAAAUAACAUUGGAAACAUUCCUUGCAUGGAAAAAGAAGAAAAUCAAAGAAAAACAGGAUGCAUUUACGAAAGCCGAAGAACAGAAGAGAACUGAUUUCAAGGCUGGUCGAGCUGUGGGCUUGUCUGGACGAGAGAUGUUCGCCUUCGACCCGGCGCUGGCUGCUGAUGAUGAUGAUGAUGAAGCUGUGGACCUGCGGUACUAUGAUGAUGAAGAGGAACAAGACGACACUGAAUAUAGGGACAUACAACUUGACCUUAUUGGCAUGGAGGCCGCUGAGGUGGAUGGCAGUGGUACUAAAGCGACGGAAGAUAGGUUGCAACAACUAAGUCAAGGUUUAGAGAAUGGUGACAAGCAACCAGUGGCUGCUGAAGAUGGAUCAACCGCCGUCCCUAUCAAUGAGAACCUGUUCCUCGACGAAGAUUUAGACGAGGAGCUGCAAAACCUUGAUCUGGAAGAUUAG